UGGAAUGCAGUGAGUGUAUAGAGUUUAGUUGCUUAUUGGUAAUGAGGGGUUAAAGGGCCGCAGGCGGCUCGGAUUGUUCAAGUCUCGGUCCUUAAUACCGUGCACGUGAUGGAGGGUCGCAUUGUCACUCCCGGGCCGUACAGGGCCACCAAAUUGUGGAAUGAAGUGACUAAAUACUUUCGGGCGGGUAUGCCACUAAGAAAACACAGGCAACACUUUCGAACAUUUGGAAAUUGCUUUACAGCUUCUGAGGCAAUAGACUGGCUUCACCAACUUCUGAAAAGCAAUAGCAAUUUUGGCCCAGAAGUCACAAGGCAGCAGACAAUCCAGCUCUUAAGGAAAUUCUUAAAAAAUCAUGUAAUUGAAGAUCUAAAGGGGAGAUGGGGCGCUGAAGACUUAGAAGACAACAAUAAUCUUUACAGAUUUCCAUCAACGUCUCCAGUAAAAACUGUUCCAAGCCGCCAUCCUUUGUGGAAAAGAGGUAGUUUGGAAAACAUCUUCAAAGAGCGUGAUGGUCUCUUCAAGAUGCCACAUUUUUCUAAGAGAACACCUAAAAAGCAUAACUUGCUUGAUGCAAAGGCUGACCAAGAAAACCAAGGAAUUGAAGAGAUGGAUGAGGAUAAAGGAAAAGAGUCAUGUCCAAAAGAGCUGAGCAAGGAAGAUAUAGAAGACAUCUGGGGAAGCAUCACUUUGACACAUCUUCAGAAAAUUCUUGCUUUGCCAUCCUUGGAAGAAGUAUUGAAUCCUGCACAGAUCAAACCUGGGCAUAUCAUGUAUAAUAUGACGCAUACGAGUAAACAUGGAGUAGUCGUUCUGCUAGAUAAAACAGAUGACCUUCCUCAUUGGGUUCUGUCUGCUAUGAAGUGCCUUGCAAACUGGCCAAGAAAUGAUAUGAGCCAACCAACAUAUCCUGGAUUUGAACGAGAUGUUUUUAGGACCGUUGCUGAUUAUUUUCUGAAUCUCCCUGAUCCUUUACUUACAUUUGAAUAUUAUGAGCUGUUUGUUAAUAUUUUAGUUGUAUGUGGCUACAUAACGGUUCCUCACAGGCAUAAGGGGAAGCGUAAACUUCAGAAUGAUGGUUGUGGUCCACAACCACAUAAAACUUUGCACUUAAGUGACGAAAACUUUUUCAAGUCCACUGAAUGUCUCCUUUUAAGCUUGAUACGUAAAGUGCCCAAUGAAGAGGAAGAGGAUGAUGAUGAUAGUUUUGGGGAACUUUCCAGAGAAAAUAAAGACUAUGUUCUCCGUAAGGGAUGCAUAAAGAAAACACAGUUGUACAAUGAUCGCUCCAGAAGGUCCAGUGCAAGUGAGAUGAUUGGAGGAAGCUGCCAAAACCUCUCUGCUUCCAGGAUUCGUGACGAAACCCUUUGUAAAAUUAGAGUACGGAGUUGCUCUGUGGAGGGAAUAAUAAAUUCUAUUAAUUCUGAGUUAAGUGAUGCAGAGAAUAAAAUUUCAGAGCCAGACCCUGAGGUUCCAAUGUGCUCUUCUCCAGAAGAGAAAUGCAUGAACUCUAGUGGCAAAUGUAAGUCUAUGUUUUCUCUUUAUUCUGAUGACCCAGCACAGAAACGGUACUCUCCAACUUUUAGUGAGAAAAGUGAUUGUGAUAAUUUGCUCAACAAACCCGAACACACACAACUUUCUAGAUCACAGAGCACAGGAGAUUAUCUUGGGACUUGUUCUAGUAGAAAUGUCCCAGUUGCUGAGAUUACUAUCAAACCAAGCCAGUGUGCACCAGGUAGGAUGCAGAACCAUCUGACUGCUGGUGUGGGAUGUGACCCUCAACAUCUGGAUAUUACUGUCACAAAACGGUUAUGCCAGAGUUCAGUGGAACUCUCCAAUUGCACCCUUCCUCACACCUCUGUCUUGCCAGCUACUUCCCAAAACCGCAAUGGCACGCAAAGUUUGUUGCAACCACACUUGGAGAGAGUCGCUAUAGAAGCAUUACAGCUCUGCUGUUUGUUGCUUCCUCCUGCGAACCGAAGAAAACUUCAGCUGCUGAUGCGAAUGAUUUCUCGCAUGAGUCAGAAUGUUGAUAUGCCACGUCUUCACGAUGCCAUGGGAACUAGAUCACUGAUGAUUCAGACGUUCUCACGAUGUGUGCUGUGUUGCGCUGAAGAGGUGGAUUUGGAUGAACUUCUUGCAACACGGCUGGUUUCUUUCCUUAUGGAUCAUCACCAAGAAAUUCUGCAAGUUCCUUGUUUUCUGCAAACUGCUGUCCAGGAUCAUAUCCAUUAUCUUCAGAGAGUUCAUGUUAAAGAUGUAGCAGCUGGCGAUCCAGCAUAUUAUUUUUGCAAACAGAUAAGUACACAGGAAUUUGAGGAGCAGAAGGUCGCUACCUCCCAAGCUGCAAUUAUGGAACUUUUGGAAAGUAUUGUGAAGGACAAAACCCUGGCAAUUAAAGAUAAAAAGAAAAAGCUAAAACAGUUUCAGAAAGAAUAUCCUGAAAUAUAUCGCAGUCGUUUCCCAACUACAGAAAGUGAAGCAAAACUUUUUGGAGACAAGCCUACCAUCAAACAGCCAAUGUUGGUUCUUAGAAAGCCAAAGUUUCGAGGCAUAAGAUAUUGACUAGAACGUUCCCCAAGGUCUAACGAUCUGGGGGGAAAUACGCAGUGUUAGACUUUUCUGGAAUAGAAAGUUCAAUUGCAAAACUCUGUAUUAUUGGUAACCUGCUGCCGUCAUUUUUUUUAUUGUUAAAUUUUGUGUUAUUUGAGGAACUGUCUGUAUUAAGCUGUCAUUUGCCAGAUAUUUAGGGACACAAGUGGUUAAAGAUUAUUCUGGCCCAUUCUAUCUGGCCCUUUUCUCUAAGGCAGAACAUGCUGUGAUCUGAGAUGUCAUUGCAGAAUGUGCACCAUGUCUGCAGAGAGAAUGGGACAUGCAGGAACUGUUCUUUUGCUUUGCAGCUCUGCUCCGCAUCAUUCUGUUCUCUUCAAACAGCACUGUGCUCUGGCUGCCCUGUGUUAGUUUUUCUUAAAGGGACAGUCAAGUCCAAAAAAACUUUCAUGUUUCAAAUAGGGCAUGUAAUUUUAAACAACUUUCCAAUUUACUUUUAUCACAAAUUUUGCUUUGUUCACUUGGUAUUCUUAGUUGAAAGCUAAACCUAGAAAGGCUCAUAUAAUUCCUAAGCCCUUCACGGCCACCUCUAAUCACAUGCUUUUGUAUUUGCUUUUCACAACAGGGAAGAGCUAGUUCACAUAAACCAUAUAGAGAACAUUGUGAGCACGCCCGUGGAUUGUGGCAGACACUGCACUAAUUGGCUAAAAUGAAAGUCAAUAGAUAAUAAAUAAAAUGUCAUGUGAUCAGGGGACUGUCAGAAGAUGCUUAGGUACAAGGUAAUCACAGAGCUAAAAAGUAUUGGUUGUGCAAAACCACCCGCCACCCUCUAGUCAUAGGUGCCGCAAUCUAUCACUAUAUUCCAGUGCUGAUCUGUUUGCAUGUGUGCAGCAACUCUUCAGCUACCUGCAGUGUAACCUAGCGCCCAUGAUUAGUAGGAGGUGCAUGAAAUGUAUUUAGUGUCCCUUUAAUAUGUUGAUGAGGUGGAGCCUGUGUUUCCAUUAUUACAUAUGAAAAGCUUAGUGUAGAUAAAAACUAGAUCUAUAUAAAAAGUUGAUAUGGUUUAAAGGGACAGUACAAGCAAAAAAAAAUCAUGCAUAUGAAAAGGUACUAUUUAAACAUGUUUACAAAAUUUUAUUUAUAUAUAUAUAUAUAUAUAUAUAUAUAUAUAUAUAUACACACACACACAACUGGGUCUUAAAGACGGAUUGCUCACUGGCUAAAGCUUAAAGGGGCAAUAUACUGAUUUAAAAAUCCAUUAUAAAACCAUUUAAAAACUUACUUAGAAGAUCCCAGUUUAGCACUUUUGAUGAGUUUAGGCUGGGACACCCAGUGAAAUGGGCUGGGAAAGCAGGAAGAGCAGACCCUCCCCCCUCCAAUGCAUAUGAAAAGACCCAUUACACAAACGGGAGCGGACAGGAGUCUGUAGACUUGAGUCUACAUCUGAUACUUUGGGGCUUGGAUAUGAAUCUGAAAAUCGGCACAAUAUUAUUAAAAUAUGAGCAAAACUACACAUUGUUACAAAAACACUUCAGAUGUGCUAUAUAUAAAUUGAUCAUCUACAAAACAUUUAUGCAAAGAAGAAUCUAGUGUACAGCGUCCCUUUAAUUCCUACUGCUUUACUGGUGGGCAGGGAAUUACCGUACAUUUUUUCACCGUACAGGAGCAUUGUGUUUUUGUUUUUCUCUGUUUUAAAUGCCCUCUUUUUAGAUGCAGCAAAGAAAUUAUUUUUGCCUUUACCUCAGGACCACAUCCCUCUAUGCAAUCCAUGGCAGCAAAUCCUAAAAGGGGCAUUUAACAUUAUUUCUAUGUUUCAUCUAACAGAAGGCAUUAUAAAAUGUAUUUAUUUUUAAAAACAGAUGUUCCCAUGCUGAAAAAAUAGAACUACAGGAUUGAUUCUUAAAAGCCAUUGAGAGUCUGUCCCACACACCAUUUGGGCGCUUCUUAUUUCAACAUAAGUGGCCUUUAAUUAUUUUGAUUUAAAACAUUAUAUAUGGCCUGAGGGCCACAUCCAGCUCACCUUAAGUUGCUGUAGACCUUAGCACCACUGAGUAGAAAACACUGCUACACUUGUUUCUUGAAGUUGUGGCUAGGUGUCUGGGCUUCAGACCACUUCAUUCUACUAUUGUUUAAAGGACCAAAAUAGUAAUAAAAUAAAAAAAAGUCACUGCUGUGUGUCAAUCACCCCCCCCCCCCCUAUUUGGUGUGUGUUUUGUGAAAUAAAAGUAAAGUAUUUGAGCAAUUACCAAAGAUUUACGGACAUAUAUUUACUAUUUAUCUUUUUACUCUCCUGCAGCAUUAUCUCAUAAAGACCAGAGAAGUAAAACUACUUGUUUAGAUUUACUUUGUGACUUUUCUAUAACCAGGUGUCUGAUACUGUGUAUAAAUAAACACUGCCUGUUUGCACAUUAUUUUUUUAUGUAAAUUGUAUUUGUUGCCUGAAUAUGAAAACUGACAUGUUAAACAUUUUUAUUUUUGUUUUCAUUUUAAAUUUUUGAAGAAGAAAAAAUGGUGCCUUAAACGUCUCAUUAAUAGCUUUUUUUUUGCACUCCAUUUGUAGAUACCUGUUGUAUUUAUACAUGUAAAUGAAUUGUUUUAAUCCAGUUUCUGCUAUUUGCAUAUAGUUUACAAUGUAUCUGCAUGAAUGCUGUUAUAAAGCCAUAAUGUUUUAAUUUUUGUGACUUUGUGAAACAUUAAAAUACAUCGGUAUAAA